AUGGCCACGGCGCCUCCUGUAGAAAAGCCUGCAGUCCCAGCAGACGUCCAUGCGCUUCCGCCAGCAACCCUUUCACCGCCGCGCACAAACACCUUCAUCGAUGCAAUCUUCGACACAUAUCGAUCGAUACGGGAGCGAAGAGAAGCGCUUGGUCUGAGCAACCCCGGAACGGUCGGUGAAAUUGCGAGAGAGGUGCAAAAAGAGGUCUUCCUUAACAACCAGACCUUCUCUGGCCUGCGAGCAGAGCUCAACAAGAGCUUCUCCAUCUUCCCAGUCUUCCAGAUCAGCCACGCCUUCUCGAGUGGAUCACAGCUUUUGUCGCCCUACACAUUUCUGGCUAUAUAUGGCACAAACAAUAUCCUCUGUCAAGCUCAGCUAGACUCAGAUACAUCAUUAAAUGCCCGAUUCAACUCGCGAAUCACCGAUCGCCUCAUCUUCAGGUCUCAAGUGCAGAUCCAGCCUUCGUCAGGCAUGAACCCCGGCGGAGCGCAGCUUUCCCUCGAGCAAGAAUACGCUGGCGCCGACUUCACUGCCUCCCUGAAGAGCCUCAACCCUAGCAUUUUGGAAGGCGAACUUACGGGAACAUUCAUUGCAUCCUAUCUUCAGAGCAUCACACCUAGAUUGGCGCUAGGUCUAGAGGGUGUUUUGCAAAAGCCUGGUGGUGGAAUGGGUCCCGAUGCAGCCUUGAGCUACGCAGGACGAUACAAGGCUGAUGACUGGAUAGCCAGUGCUCAGUUCUUGACUCAGGGUGGCCUGCAGUUGAGCUACUGGAGAAGGUUGAUGGACAAGGUGGAGACUGGUGUGGACGUCAACCUCCAGUUCGCAGGCCUUUCUGGAGCAAAUGCCAUGAUGGGUGGCCCGCGAAAAGAGGGUCUUGCGACACUGGGUGCCAAGUAUGAGUUCUCACGAUCGAUUUUCAGAGCACAAGUCGACAGCCAGGGCAAGCUUGGAUGUUUGUUGGACAAGGUCGUUGCACCACCUGUGAAAGUGACAUUCGCGGGCGAGCUGGAUCAUGCCAAAAGCUCUGCUAAACUCGGUCUCGCGGUAUCGAUCGAAGCGACAGGUGAAGAGAUCAUCGAGCAGCAAGACAAGGUCCAGCCGGCCUCUCUUCCCUUCUAA